GAACGUCUUCUACACACGUGCAAUUUUAACAAGAACGUGCAAUUUUCUUGCACAUAUAUUCGGGUAUCCUGUCAUUCCUACAGGAAGGAUGAUGUCUUUACAUGUUACGAUACUAAUUUUAUCAGCAGUCCUACAAAGUUGUUUCGCUAAAGUUGGUUUUCCUAAGGAUCAGAAGAUGGAUGUCUUAUUUCCGCCCUACAUCGUCCCUUCCGGUCAAGGAAUUCCUGAUGGCCACCUCCGUCCUUUAGGCUGGCAGAAAAGAUCCAGUGGAAGGAUUAUGGAGACACCGGAAAUGCCAAGUGCGCAUUCUCUGUAUGUGAAGUACAUCAACAACAAGAAACCUGUCCUGAUUCACGACGGCCUUCAGGAUGUCAAGGUCAUGAAAAACUGGGAAAGCGAUGUCUACCUUAAGCAACAUUUUGGAGAUUUGAAUGUAACAGUGACAGUCAAGAGGCAAGCAGUUCAACAGCACGUGCAGCACGAACAACACGUGAUGAAGUUAAAGAAGUUUCUAAUGGACUACAUGUAUGAGGAAUGGUACCUCGUUACUUCAGUGCCUAAGAAAAUGAUGGCCGAACUUCCGUUGCCGGGUUGUUUGAAGUGUGGUACAUUCUACGAGAGGCUCUAUGAGGCGCGGUUAUGGAUGAGUAGCGGUGGCACAUCAUCUCGUCUCCACAGUCAUGAAGACCACGACCUUCAUUGCGUGUUGUUCGGCAGGAAAGAUUUCAUUAUCAUCGAUGAAAAAUACAAAUGGAACUUUCAUUAUGAAGAAAAUUAUAAGAACUCCGGCUCUGGUCACUCUCCUAUCGAUGUGGACAAAGUGAACAUGUUUAAGUUUACAGACGUCUCCAGUACGCCAUGGAAUCACGCCACACUACUGUCAGGGGACUGUAUCCUUAUUCCAGCAGGAUAUUUACACCAGGUCCGCUCCUAUGGACGAAGUCUUUCUUAUUCUAUACUGUUCUCUCCGUCUGUGGAAUACGAUUCUUCUGACUGUAAGAAAGUCCUCUCAGCUAACGAUGAGGUUAAAGAUGAAAACGACUCGACAAAGAGAGUUUCCCUGGCGGAUGCCAGUUACAUGUGGAUAGACAAAAAUGGCAGCAGGGUGUUGAAUCCAGAGAGAAUGGAACCCGAUGAAUUGAAAACUACGCUGCUUCAUUUAUUAAGAACAAAAAAUCAUUUUUACAUUGAACAAUUUGAACAUUUUUAUAAUGACACAAUGAAAAAGUUCGAAGUAAAGCCAAAAGCCACGGAGGUUUUUAGUUUGCUUACUUCCGGUUUAGGUCGUGAUUAUCUGACCAGAAAUGACAUCAUCGAUCUUAGUGCUGAUAAAGUGACAUCACUCUCAUAUGUGCUCAAAGAAGGCCAACUUCCGGUGACGAUUGAAAAACGAGUAGAACUUUAGUGAACGUUUUCAAAUAUCAUUGUUCUAAUCUUCACCCUGAAGUCAUGAAAUAAUAUUUUUACAGUGUACCUCAUCCAUUGUAUACCUAACACGGUUUCGUCCACAAUGGGGGGUCGGGUAUCCAUUACUUUUUAAGGAAACCUAAUGUUCUUCAUUUCAUUGUCAGAUUAGGCAUUUUUUAACGAUUUCGGUUUAGUUAGAGAUAUACGAGGGGUGAUCAAAAAGUUCGCAAACUAAUUGAAUAACUUCCAUACAAGAAACAAUAUUUGGUUUUAAUGUUGAUUAUAUUUUAAAUUAAUCUUCCCUGAUUUUAAUGCACAUCAACCACCGUUCUGCGCAUGCGCGAAUCACGUGAUAUUGGCGGUCACGUGACCCCCUCCAUAGCGUUCUGUCACAAAAGUUAAAAGAUUUUUCCGAGUUUUAUAUUUCUUUCCAUGUGAGUUAAUUUUUAUGACAAGAACAGUUAAUUUGUCAGAAAUGGUCAUAUCUCGGCAACAGAAUGGGUGGAUAAUAACAUCCUUUCCAAAAAUAAGCAUGGCGACCAUUAAAACACAAAUCUUCUGUCUCAGCGGAGACCUUUAUUCAAGGUGGAUAGAGAAUGGGUGCAUCCUUUUUAUCAUAUCUAAUAUGUUUAAAAUCUAAAGUAAACGAUAUCUUAGGUAUUUAAUACUUAUAUCAUUGUUCAAAUAUUCAACUAUUUUUCAAAGUGCUAAUUGGAGGUCUUUGAUAGCAAAUUGCUUAAUUAAAAAUACAUAUCUUUUCAAACUUGCUUUCACUGGGCAAGAUGACAAGUAUCAUUUUUAACCAUCAGCCUUCCUUCACUAAAACGAUUAAUCCAGUCAUUAAUUGAAUUUAUAGGAACUCAUUUAUCUCAAUAAACUGUGUACAAAUUAUUAUAUGAUACUGUAGAGGGAUUUCUAAGAUAUUACAAUAAAUUGUACAGUCGUUUGUUGAAGAGUUCGACUGAGACAACCAUUUUUCGUCACAAGUGACCUAAAUAGUGACGUCAUUUUCACAUUGUGACGUCACAAACAAGGUGAGAAACUUUAUUCAACAUAUAUGCUAUUUAUAGACCUUGUGUAUGGCUAUGUGUGUACCGAAUUUCAUUCUAAUCUGAAUUGUGGUUUUGUAGAUAUAGAGAUAGUUUGCGAACUUUUUGAUCACCCCUCGUAGAUAGAGAUAGAGAUAAAUGAAAAUGAAUGUAUGUCCAUAGGAUUAAGAAUUUUCAUUUUGAAAGAGGACAACGAUCGUAUUGUUCAAUUCUUUUUUUAUAUACGUUAUGAACAACAUUUCUACGCAACUUUCAUCUAUAAGUACUUUAUGUAUAUGAUUGUAUCACUUUUAAUUUAAGGAUUUGACCUUCUUAUAAUAUAAAAAGAAACCUUCCAGUUUCUGUGGACUUUUGAGGAAUGAAUGCAAUUUACUCGUUUUAUGUUCAGCAGAAUGAAAAGAGAGAAUUUAUGAUUCAUUUGUUUAUUAAGGGAUAAGAUUCGUAGUGUU